AAAGUAAUUUUAUUUUCUUCUAGGAAAUGGCACAAUCGAAUAUCCCGAAUUUGUGGAGAUGAUGGCGAGACAGAUGGGUCCACCAGACGCAGAGAGGGAAAUGAAAGAAGCUUUCAAGGUGUUCGAUAAAGAUGGUAAUGGACUUAUAACAGCUACCGAACUGCGUCAAGUCAUGCUUAGUUUCUCGGAAGAAAAGCUGACCGAAGGAGAACUAGAAGAUAUGAUGAAAGAGGCAGAUAUGGAUGGUGAUGGGAUGGUCAGUUAUGAAGAAUUCGUGAAGAUGAUAAAGAAACAACAAAAGUAAAAUAUUUGUGCUGAAUCUCUUGCCCCGCUUCUGCAGUACGAAAAUAAAA